AUGGACCAAACACAGAGAAGAAUCCUGGGCCAGCCCCUUUCCGUUCCCACCACCCAGCCCAAGAAGAAAAGGACUUCAGUGAUGUCUUUCUUUUCCAAGGUCUCUUGGAAACUGAGGUUCCAGAAGCGGGAGUCUCUGAAGAACGUGUUUUUCAUCUUGGCGGAAAAAGCCCGUGACCCCAGUGCUAAAAAGCGUCACAUGGCAAUGAGAGGCCUGGGAACCGUGGCCUGUGAGAACCCUGACAAGGUGAGAAAGUAUAAGAAAAUUGUCCUAGACCUGUUGGUGCAUGGAUUGUAUGACCCUAUGAGUUCUGAAGUCAUCCACGAGAGUAUGAAGACUCUGACCAUCAUCCUGGGCAAGAUCCAAGGGAAAGGUUUGGGCUCCUUCUUCAUAGACAUCACUCUUCAGACCAGGACUCUACUAGAUGAUGAGAAUGACAGCCUGAGAUACUCAGCCUUUGUCUUGUUUGGACAAUUGCCUGCCUUUGCAGGGCGGAAAUGGAAGAAAUUUUUCACCAAUCAAGUUAAGCAGAGUCAAGAUUCCCUCCUGAUCCAUUUACAAGACAGAAAUCCCCAGGUUGCCAAGGCUUGCAAAACCGCGCUUCGAGCCUGUUCUCCCUAUCUGAGACAAAGGAAGGAACGCAGCUUCCAGAACCAAGAAGACCAAAGGAACCCCAAGCUCUGCCGGCAGCUGAGCUACUACCAUCCAGAGCUCCUGCAGUACUUCUAUGCAAAUAAAAUUCUGUAAACACAGCGCUGAAGGGAAAUGCAUCCACGUGAGCACCGUGCAGGAGCGCUGAUUCCCCCUCUUCUGACUCUUCCGAUGCUUCUACUUGCCUCUUGUGGUUGCAAUAGAAAAGGGGAUGUUGGGAGAGCAAUUGACGGCAAAAAGAAUACUGCAGAAUUGUAGGACUAUAUCCAAAGUAAAGCUAAAUUGUUUUCACGUAUGUCAGUUUCUCCCCAUGCAAACGUGAUGAGAGGGUACAUAGCUUUAUUUAAAGCAUUCAAAGUCUAAUGUUGAUUCAGUGCUUACUUCUCAACUUUUCCCUUAAGUUUAACACUGUCAUAUCUUCUAUUUUUUAUUUUAUUUUAAUUUCUGAGGCUUAGAAGAAUAAUGAUUAAGUAUUUUUUUAAUCUGCUAUUGAUACUUUGCUAUUCGCCGCUGAUGCCUUUUCUCUUGGUUAAGACCUAUUUAAAGUUGGUCAAGAUACCAAGAAGGUGGAUUGGAGGGGUAUCUUCAGCUUCUUAUAAUAUUCAACAGUCAUUGCCUCCAAGAUCAUUCCAAACAAGAAAUAAUAAAGAGAAAAAAUCUAUAAAGCACAUGUUGAAAAACCUCAGGCUGAUGGUAAUGUAUGGAAUAAUACGAGGUAACACUCAUUGGGAAUGUUUAUAAUUUAUUGAGCGCUAAGUGCUGUGCAAGUAUUAUUUAAUACAACAACCCUAUGAGACAGGUACUGUCCUAAUUUUAUAGAUAUUUUAUCCUAAUUUUAUAGAUAGAAAACUAAGGUACAAGGGAAUUAAGCAACUUGCCCAAGAUGACCCAAUAAAGAAUGGAGCCAGAAUUCAAACCCAUAUGGU